UAUAAUUUCUCAUUUAUUAUUAUAGAGGAGGGCUUUAGCCAAAUAAUUACCGAAAUAGACGAAAACAAAAUAAUACACUCGGUCUCGAGCAAUUAGCAAUUCUUAAAUGUAAUCGACCGAUCAAGUUAUAUAAUCAGAGAAGAGGAGAAGUGAGACCGACUCUGAGAGAUCAAAUCGAGCUGAGCUUAUAAUUGAUAACGGAGAGGCAUCUAAUCUCCUUCUAAUCUCUGUACUCUUCUGAUAACAGUUAACAGCUGACUAGGGGAAUUUGAUAUUUACGUGAAUGAUUCCAAAUCAAAUAUGAUACAUCACACUCGUCCGCGGACGCGUAUCACGCGUCAUGGACGCGUCGAGGAACGGUCCGAGUGAUCGCCAAUGGAAUUCACAUGUUCGAGCACGAGUUUGCUUGCGAAACUCGAUUUUAGGUGAUCCUCGAACUAAUAAGAAUCUCUGAGCUCCUCCGGACGCACCUCCCGUCGACGACGAACUUUUCCAAUGGACAGCUCCGCCCCGCCAGUGUCGCGAGGAGUGCGGUAUCCGGUGCAAUAACGCUGCAAGAUAUUUUGUAAUUUCGCCAAUUAAGACAAGAGAGAUGAAUCGCGUGCGAUUUAUUGUAUACAGGAACCGCAUGAUCUUCGACGACGUCGUCGUCGGAUCACACGGCGUGUCCAGAUGCGCCGAGCACGUCGAACGGCUCACACAAUUUGCAGCGGACGAUCACGAUGAGAUUUGUGUAUGCAAAUUCACGAAGCCUGCGGUUCGCCUGUGCGAAAGAGGACUCGACUCCUACCUCGUUUCAGCCUACGUUUCGACGCUAUCGGAGUCACGUGUUUAUCGUAGGAGUGCUGUGAGAGUGUUGAAGCACCUUCAGCCAGCCUGCGACGACAGGCCGAGGUUUGAGGUGGAACGUUUGCCGGUAAUACUUGUAAGAUUGAGGACACCAAGGAGGCAAUUCCUGGAUUAUAAAUGGAGCGAAAAAUUAAUGCAAAUGGUUGCAGAGAGGCAAGAAUCCGAGCACGCCAUGUCCUGGCUGUCCACGCUUGGAGGAGCGUUUUCCGCACUUGGGGAAGAAUUCGAGCACUGCGCUAAAAUGGCAGGCAAAAUCUCGGUGAAGCAGUUUGAGUUGGCAAUGCGCCUGGACGAUCCUCUCCUGGUUGCUCGUUGCAAAUUAUACGCCGCCCUAAGCCUCAUUCAACGCGGCUACUUCGCCACGCCGAAGCACAUGAUACGAGAGAUUUACAAAUUCGCGCUCCAGGAAAAGGACGUUCGUCUGCAAAACAUGUGUCAGGGUGUAUGGGCCAAGUUGCGAUACAGUUACAAGCAAUACAGACAGCUAAAGAAGUCCUUGUUACUGAGGAAUUUGGAUAUAUCCUCGGAGGUUUAGGAAAUUCACUUUCCGCGUUUUUUCUAAGCAUGUUGAUAAUUAUAUAUAUUAUUUUGCAAGUA